AUGCCCGGUCAACUCCGAGUUCAACGGCCUUCUCCGACAACCGUUAGCUUCACGGUAUCAAAUGCGCCGCGCCGCUCCAAUUCCCCCGCGAAGAUCCUCUUCGGUUUCCAGAUCUUGCUACGGGUAAUUCUUUUCUGCUGCGUCAUCAUUGUUGCCCUAGCGCGAUUAAGGCACUUCUCGUUUCAAGCAGAUGGCGGCUUUAUAUCCUGGCCAGCCAUAUGGGCGAGCCCCCUUGGGUUUUAUGUCUGUCAGCAAGUGGACACAUACAACCCGUGGGCUGUGGCAGCGGUAAGCACUUUAGUGGUCUAUGGGGUUUUCAGGAGAGAAUAUACCGAGGAAUCGCUCCUGGUUAUUCGGGGUUUCGGUAUCCAAACUUCUACCUCAUCUUCGACCUACCUGUCGUCAGCCGCUACAAGAUUCAUUCCCACAACACAAAUUCAAGACAUCGUCAUCCACGAGGCCUUCAAGGGCUUCGAAGUCCGAUUUUACCUGGUUGUGAUUGUGGAGGGUGAGCAGGAUGUCUUGGUGGUCUUUCCGGUAAAUUAUCUCCUUCCUGUCACCGUUAUCACGCUAACUCUACCGAUCGUUAGCAUCUACUACCCAAAAGAGAGAUCCUUGAAGAAGUCUGGAGAGGCUCUCGGCGUUGUCUCUAUGAUGCAAAAUCUUGAUUCACAGAAGCAGGGCAAUCUAUAUAAUUUAAUGCUAUGA